AUGAGUAUACAAAAGGGCCGUCUGGUAAGGGCAGUAUAUGGAGCCGGUGCAGGCUCAAACCUCGUCAAAUUGUGGAUCCUGAUAACCCUUGUAUCAUUUCUCUUGGUUAAUCGCUAUGUCGAUAUUCCUUAUAUGGAUGAAAUCUUUCAUGUCUCCCAAGCACAAAGAUAUUGCAAUCAGGAUUGGAGAUGGGAUCCAGCCAUUACUACUCCUCCAGGUCUAUACUUGCUGUCUUACUUUUUAAAGACUAUACUUGGGUGUAAUUUGUUUCAUCUUCGUUUUCUGAAUUUUGCCCUCGGGGUUAUUGGUAUGCCGGUCAUUUUGUUUGAUAUCAGCACACAGUUGAACACUAAGAGUCGUGGGUUCCCAUUAGUCCUUUCCUCUUUACCUCCAUUAUGGUUCAGUUUCCUACUUUAUUAUACCGAUACCGCUAGUACUGUAAUAACUUUAUUAGCUUAUGAUUUGGCACUAAGGAAUGCCGCCAUAUCAAGUUCUGUCUUUUGCUUUUUUAGUUUGUUCUUCCGGCAAACAAACAUUCUUUGGGUCGGCUAUAUAAUAUAUACUUUGAUUACCAAUGAUUUGUCAUUUUAUAAUCCUAAAUUGUCUGAAGCAACCUUUAUCGAUUUCCUUUUGGCAAUUACUUCUUUUAUUGGAAGCCUCCUGAGAAAUAUGAGAAAAAUUUGGAGAAGAAUACUUCCAUUUGCCUUUGUCAUUGCUUUUUCGUUGGGCUUUUUAAUAUGUAAUGGAGGUAUUGUUUUAGGCGAUAAAUCAAAUCACAAACCAGUUAUUCAUCUCUCCCAGAUAAACUAUUUUAUUGCCUUUUUAUUUAUUUUUUCUUUCCCAUCUUGCUUGUCUCCGCAGUUGAAAAGGGCAUUCUGGAAAACAAAGAUUCAUUCUCAUCUAUUUUCGCGCAUAACUCUUUUGCUUCUUCCCUUGCUGUUUCUUAUCAUUAAAUAUAAUACAAUUAUGCACCCGUUUCUUCUUGCCGAUAAUCGCCAUUAUGUGUUCUAUGUAUUUAAUCGAUUCCGCAGAUACUGGUGGUUAAAAUACCUUGGAGCACCAGUAUAUGCUUUAUGUUACAAUUUAUUUAUUAAAGAAGUUUCUCAUCACAUGUCUGUCUUAGAUUUUACUGUCAUGACGCUGGCUACUUUGCUCACAUUAGUACCAGCUCCCUUGGUCGAAUUUCGAUACUUCAUUCUUCCAUGUUUAUUUUGGCGGAUAAAGGUUCCCUGGCAAUCAAAAAAUGCUUUAUUGACAGAAUUCAUUUUCCAUAUGUCCCUGAACGCUAUCAGCGUGUAUAUAUUCGUAUAUCGCCCAUUUGUUUGGCCUUCUGAGACAGAAAACUUACAAAGGUUUAUGUGGUAG